AUGUCUCCACCCGGAAAUGGAAUAUUUGUGGUCCGGGGUGAGAUGUCCACUUUAACCACGGCGAUGCGCCGAGGAUCCAGGUGGAGCUUCAAUACCUACCAGGAUGACGAUAAGGAUGUGCUGUUGAAAAGUUUUCAAGAGCUAAAAGAAAUGCUACUGCAAGUAGAGGAUCUUCGGUUGGUCGAACCAAACGUUUUCCUAGCCCCAUUUCUCGAUGUCAUUCGUUCGGAGGAAACAACGGGGCCGGUGACCAGCCUUGCGUUAUCGGCAGUAAACAAAUUUCUGUCGUAUGGCCUGAUCGAUCCAACACAUUCGACGCUGGCGGCUACGGUGGAAAACAUUGCCGACGCAGUGACACACGCACGGUUCGUUGGCACGGAUCAGACAUCAGACGGAGUAGUACUGAUGAAAAUUAUUCAAGUACUUCGUACGCUAGUGCUUAGCCCGGAAGGUAGUGCGCUAUCUGAUGAAAGCAUGUGUGAUAUCAUACUGAGUUGUUUUCGGCUGUGCUUUGAGCCGCGACUUAACGAACUUGUUCGUCGCACGGCCGAAAAUGCGCUGAAAGACAUUGCGCUGUUAUUAUUCAUGCGAUUGCCACAGUUUGUCGAAGGAGGAGGCACGCUCAAGACGCUAAAGAUGCGAUCAAGUUCGAUGGAACAAUCUAGCAACCGGAGAAAAUACAGCAAAUCGCACACGAAGGAUGAACCAAAACCAUCUACUACAGCACCAAACUCGUCAACGUCUACGGUACCGAUCCCGAAAAUCGUCACUGGCUCUUCAGCCGAAGAUCUAGCAAAUCAGCCUGGUGCUACCGAAGAACCAGUUACACCUGUAAUGUUAACGGCGCCUAAUCGUUUGAAAGCCCUUCCACUAUCCACCACCCCGGCUACACCAGCCGGAGUGAUCGUUGACCUACAAGGGACAAUUUCACAAACACCUAAGCCUCCGGAAAGUCAGGCAGUGUUGCCGUCCGGAGAGGAGGCAACAAUCGUAGAAACCGAGCAGGAGGAAGCUACAACUUCGCAGCAGGGCAGCGAUCCAUCGUUUGUAAACUCUGUUGGUGUUCGUUUUACUUCCCAACAGCCGGAUGAGGAGAUUCCAGUAGUAACAAACAGUGCACCGCUUUCUCACGUUCCGUAUGGAUUGCCUUGUAUAAGAGAACUCUUUCGUUUUCUUGUGUCACUGUGCAAUCCAAUGGAUAAACAAAACGGUGACGUUAUGAUCCAUAUGGGCUUAACGUUACUUACGGUGACUUUCGAGGUUGGUGCAGACAGUAUCGGACGGUACGAUUCGUUGCUCGCAAUCGUAAAAGAUGAUCUGUGUCGCAAUCUAUUUGCACUUCUCGCCACCGAAAGGAUAUCGAUAUUUGCGGCCGGUCUGCAGCUUUCGUUUCUGUUGUUUGAAGCGCUACGGGCACAAUUGAAAUUUCAGCUCGAGCACUACUUGACCCGGGUGGCGGAUAUGAUCAUGAACGAUAGCCCGCGAAUAUUGUACGAGGCUCGUGAGCUUGCGAUGGACAAUCUUUUGCAGCUAUGGCGUAUUCCUGGUUUUGCUGCCGAGCUGUACAUCAAUUAUGACUGCAAUUUAUACUGCACGAACCUUUUCGAAGACCUGACAAAGCUGCUGUCGAAAAAUACGCUCUCAGCGACGCAAGCCAUUUACAGUAUUCAUACACUUUCGAUGGACGCGCUUCUGACGAUCGUCGAGUCCAUUGAGCGCAAUUGUGUACAGACUAAAAAUGGACAGAAACCGAAGUACAUGCGACACUCACGAAACAAUUCGUACUCUACCGCCAAACUCGUCUUAGAUACAUCCGCAGCUCGGAGCAAUAGCUCGGGACAGGUGGCAGAAGAAUUGGAGAAUGCACCGGGAGAUGUCGGUGAAGAUAUAAAUGGCUCUGUAGAGUUGGUAGUGGCCGUGGAAAACAUAAGCAAAUUUCUACACUCUAGUCAAAGUGAUCGAUCAUCUCGGAGAGCGGAAACAACCGGUGGUGUUGAAUCAAUUGAAGAUACCGGAGAUAAUGCCGGCAGCGGCGAGAUGACGCUGAUGUCACCUCAAAGGCUAACGCACGAAGAGUUGGCUGCUAUCAAGCGCAAAAAACGUCUUCUAACACAAGGAACAGAUCUGUUCAAUCAGCGACCUGAAAAGGGCAUACAGUUUUUACAGGAGAAUGGGCUGCUAAAUCAGGUGCUUGAUCCGCAGGAAGUUGCACAGUUUUUACGUGAAAAUUCGGGAUUGGAUAAGAAAAUGAUCGGAGAAUACAUUAGUAAGAAAAAGAACGUCGAGAGUCGCAUCCUAGAGGUGUUUGUCAAGUCAUUCGAUUUUGCUGGUUCAACAAUUGAUCAGGCACUGCGGUUAUAUCUGGAAACGUUUCGCCUUCCCGGUGAGGCUCCGUUAAUUUCGCUCGUGAUGGAACACUUUGCCGAUCACUGGCAUGAAUGCAAUAAUGAACCUUUUGCCAAUACGGAUGCAGCGUUCCGGUUGGCGUACGCAGUCAUCAUGCUCAACAUGGAUCAGCACAACCAUAAUGCAAAGCGUCUAAAUGUACCAAUGACAGUGGAUGACUUUCUGCGUAAUUUACGCGGGCUGAAUGGAAAUUCUGACUUUGAUCAGGAAAUGCUUAGUAAAAUUUAUCAUUCAAUACGAAACGAGGAAAUUGUAAUGCCAGCAGAACAAACCGGCCUGGUGCGAGAAAACUACCUCUGGAAGGUGCUUCUACGCCGUGGAGCAACUAAGGACGGUAAUUUCCAUCACGUUUUCGGCCCACAGCACGACCGAGAACUCUAUCGAGUAAUUCAGGGAUCAACGCUUGCGGCGCUUAGUUUCGUUUUCGAUAAAUCGAUCGACAAUGUACCGCUCUAUCAGAAGGCGAUUGGAGGCUUCAUCAAAUCGGCAGCCAUCGCGUCACAUUUCCAGCUGCACGGAGACUUUGAUGCGCUCGUACUCACUCUAUGUAAAUUUACCACACUGUUAACGCCUCCUCCAAACGAUGCCCACGAAAUCACGGCCAGCGUAAUGUUUGGACAGAACGUGAAGGCGCAGCUUGCCAUGCGCACCGUGUUUGGUCUCAUUCACGAGCAUGGUGAUUGUAUGCGAGAGGGGUGGCGACACACGACGGAUGUACUGCUGCAACUGUUCAAGCUUAAACUAUUACCGAAGGCUCUAAUGGAAGCAGAGGAUUUCUGUGAAGUCAGUGGGAAAGUGGCGUUGCUUCGGGAACCAAACCCCCUGCCAAAGACCGAGGCGGGUCUGUUUAGUUCGCUCUAUUCUUACCUCGCAAACGAUGGCCAGCGUCAACCAUCGUACGAGGAGCUCGAAAUAAUCAAGCUGUCGCGAAAGUGCAUUCGCGAAUGCCAAAUUGAGCAAAUUAUAAACGAGUCCAAAUUUUUGCAGCUCGAAUCGCUGGACGAGCUUAUCGGUUGCUUGCUAGCGAUGAUGGUACCUCCGGAAGCCCACAAAUCCGCCGCACAGCCGUAUGGCGAGUGUACGGUCGUGUUUCUACUCGAAUUAUUGGUGAAAGUGCUGAUACAGAACCGCGAUCGUCUUUUGCCAGUGUGGUCUAGGGUGCAGGAGAAACUGUACGCUUUACUGGUGGCUGCCUCAACGAACGAGUAUACUUAUCUGAUGCAACGUACGACAGUUGCGCUGCUCAAGUUAGCCAUCUAUUUGAUGCGUAACGAGGAAAUUUGCUCUACCAUUCUGCAAAGCCUGCGGAUGGUGCUGGCACUUCGGCCCGCUGUCAUAUUGGCCAUAUCGAAGCCUGUUUCGAUCGGUAUGUACGAGCUGUUAAAAACGAGUGCCCAGAACAUACACACCGAGACGGAUUGGGCGAUUGUGUUUACGGUGUUGGAAUGCGUAGGGGCGGGUGCAGUGCCACCCGAGUACACUGUGGAGCAGACAUCUGCGGUGAGUGCCGCCAAGUCCGAUAGUGCGCUGAGCAGUGAGGAAGAUUCGGGUCUGCCAGACCGUGGCAGCAUUUCCGAAUCCGAGCUUAGCUCGAUUACACCGCUACCUCUAUUGACGACGACAACGGCUUCUACACCGCCACCAGCCGUACCGAGUAGUCCAACUGCGGGCGAUGCCUGGAUCAUGGUUAACAAAGAUGCGAUCGAUAUCGUGUCGGCCGGAUCCAGCGGUCCCGCGCCCCCGAGUCCUGUUCAUCAUUCAAUUCAGUACCAUUGCAAGCUGCUCGAACACUCUCCAUUUGCGUUGGUUAAAUGUUGGGAAAGCCUGGCUUUCAUCGUGCGUAAUGUCGCCCACAUCACGCCGUACAAUUUUGAAAGCUGUGUUCGCUGUAUUCGCACUUUUGUGGAAGCCUCGAUGAGCCAACAGCAGCAGAUGCAUCGAGAUUACUAUACUACGAAAAAGAAGUCUGGUUCGACGAAAGAACGUCAACGGAAACAUGGGGCCUCAGCAAGCAUCCAAGGUGCAGGAAUUUCUUCGUCGUCGUCCUCGUCCGUGGCGAUGGACAGCAGCGACAGUGAAUCUGAAGAGCUGCCCGAACGCUACCAAUCAAUAUCGAUCCAGCUGCUUGACCUCAUGCAUACGUUACAUACGCGCACUGCCCAAAUCUUCCGCUGGUGGGCUGAAGAAGGAGGUGCCGUGCCUCAGUGCUCGUCCCUCUGGUCACAGGGAUGGUGUCCGCUGUUGCAAGGUAUAGCUCGUCUAGCAACCGACCAACGCCGCCAAGUGCGGACAAGCGCAAUCACUUGUCUACAGAGAGCGCUGCUCGUACAGGAUCUUCAAACACUGACCGGGCUCGAAUGGGCUGGCUGUUUCAAACAGGUUUUAUUCCCGUUGCUUCAGGAGCUGUUGCAUGAAAAGGCGAACGGUCCGGUAGAGGUGUCGUUGCUCGAGGAAUCACGUAUUCGAACGGCCACUAUCAUGUCAAAGGUGUUUCUGCAUCAUCUGACACCACUGAUUGCGUUGGCUAACUUCCAAGAGCUGUGGCUUGAGAUUCUGGACUAUUUCGAACGAUUCAUGGCGGCUGGUUCGGACAUGCUGUAUGAAGCGGUAUUGGAAAGUCUUAAAAAUAUGCUAUUGGUUAUGCAUUCGGUUUGCGUAUUUCACAAUACCGACGGCAUUACGCAUUCCAUGCUUUGGGAUGUUACUUGGCAACGGAUAUCCGGCUUUCUGCCUAACCUGAAAGAUGAGCUGUUUAAACACGAAGCCGUCCGUCCAUCGGUUAGUAUAAGUGGAGGAAACAAUGGAGUUGGAGGUAAUGGUAGUGGAUCGGGUACAGGAGGAAUUUCUCAUACCAACAACUCUCAGACGACGGUUGCACCGUCGCUUGAUGGAGAACAGCGGCAUAUUUUAGAAGGAGGCCAAAUCAACAACAGCACACCUGUGCUAGACAACAUAAAUCCGCGAAUAGUGCUACAAUCUGCACAGCCGAAUGUUGCCGCUUUAAUGUCGUCAUCUCCAGAUUCGUUUACUGCUCAGUUUGGUCUAUCUACCAGUCAUCCUGUUCCGCCGUUGGAAGUGCAUCGAACUCCGGUACAUCGAGUUGCGCCGAAUAAUUUGCUUAUGAGUAGCACAGCAACGGCUGAUUUUAGUGCCCUUCCGAUGGUGUUGCCUGGUGUUCCUGCAGCGUUGCCUCCACACCAGCAGGAAAUAGGACGAAUCGAACGUGAUAAUCAGCUUGAUUCAAUCCACACACCUCCACUCCAGCCGGCAACUGGAAGAAUCGAUCAUAAUAAUCAGCUUGAUUCAACUAGUGCUUUGGGGAUUAUUUCACAUGAUUCAUCAGUUACACCGGUUCAAGGGGGUUAUCCAAAUGCUAUGAGCGUGACCGAUAUACCCAACAGCAACGUACCAUCAGUACAGCGUCCAGAAUCUGUACCAGUUGCAAGACUACCGGAAGAUAUAUCAAGUAUACAACCUCGGCAUGGCUUCGGUAUAACUGCUGCCCCACCAGUUCCUGAUAUAGAGUCUGGAAACGUUCCUUUGAGUCAUCUAUUGGCCGGUUCACAGUACCCCUCACUUCAACACGUGCCUAUUGGUAUCGCGCAAAGCUUUGCACCCAUUUUCGUGCAGCCAAGCUCAGUUCCAGCCGAAACAAGCGACAUAUACUCGGACUACAUCAACGAUCCUUACAACUUAACUCUGCAAAUCGACAGCGAAUCCGACCGUGUGACUACUAAUACUACAGCGAUAACUACGGACACAGCGUUAGGAUUGGUACAGGAGACAAAGCAAAAUUUUACCAUGGCCACCACAACGAUGGCGACGGCUACAACGACAACAGCUACGCCUGUUCAGCUGGCAAAUGUGUUCCAAUCGGCGCAAUAUUUUAGCUUUCCUCCCGCUGGUCACAUACCUCCGGGAUCCGAAAUGCUCUUCGGAGAACCGUAAGCCGAACUUGGUUUUGGAAUACAUGGUUUUGUUUUUAUAUUUCAAACAUUCCUAACAACAUCCUUACGGUGGCCUGAUCCUUUGGCCGAAAUAAUGCGUUUUUGUAUUGAUGGGAAAUUGUUAAAUAAUUUAGUAUUCCACGCAUAAUUAUGAUGAUUUUGAGGGUGUGUAUGCCAGCGCUUUAAAUAUGAGCGAUUAGUAUGAUUUUCCUUUUACCUAGGGACUAUUGUUAUCUUUCAACUGAGAUGCUCUUUUCAUUUUUGAUCAAACAUUGAAGCAGGAAGUAACGAGGUAUUUAUUGGUGCAGUUAAAUAGACCUACCCCGGCUAAUUUGAGCAUAGUGUAAAGUUAUAUUGUCUAUAUCUCUAGCCAUGAUGGUAACAAUUGUUGAUCAAUUUUAAUAACAGUGUUUUCGUUUGUUUUCUUUUGCUAUUUAGAUCAAUCCAUUUUACCCAAGAGUGAAGGAUGUAGCUAUAAUUAGCCACAUAGUUCUUGGUUUUAUUAUUUCUUGCGUCUAUUUGCUAUUCGUUCUGGACAAAAGGAGUAGCUGAUUUUUCCAAUCUCUCAGAGAAAAGUAUCCACUGCAUGCGUAAUAAAAAUGGCCACAUGCAUACAUAGUGUCCUAAAGAUAG